UCCCCGCCGCCGCCCGCCCCGUGCCUCGGGGACGCCGGGCGGUCAGGGGAAGGCGGCGCGGGGCCGUCCGUCCCCCGUCGGCGCCGAGCCGUCCUCCGGAGUCGCCGGUCGGACGGGAGCCGGUCGGGAACGCGGUCGUUUCCGUUGAUCGCUCUGCGCGCUCGUCGAUUAAACGUCGAACCUUCGUUUCCCGGCGCUUCUGCCCGCGGUCGUUUCUGCGGCUCCGAUAACCCGCCCCGUCCCUGCGCCCGGCGCCGGGUGAGGACGGGGCGGCGCGAAUGGCUGCGUAAUAGGAUGCGAGCGCCGGCCUCGUCGCUCCCCCCGCAUCCCCCGCCGUCCUCGGCACCGCGUGGGAAAUGGCUGGGCUGGGAUUCUGGGAGAGCCGGGGCGGCUCAGCCCGCAGAAGAGGAGGCUCGGGGGGAUCCCGGGCACGGCCGUUGGUCCCCGCAGGGAGGCGCGGAGUGGGGGAUGUUGGGGUGGUUGCAGCUAGCCAAGAGCUGCAGCUCCUCCAGCUUCUCCUCGCUGCUGCUGCCAGUGCCCCCGUCGCCCUGCUUUGUGCCCGGGGAAGGAGAUGGUCACGUACUGAGCGUCGUGUGUGUUGGCCCCAGUGGGGGCACUGGGCAGGACUGGUGGCCCUGGGAGGCUGUCGAGGGCCGCAGGAAGCUCUGGGCACGUGUGGAGCACUGGGUCAGUUCUGGGCUCCGCAGCUCCAGGCAGCCUCUCCUGUGCAAGCACUGCAGGGAAGCUGCUCUGGGGGAGGUUGUUCUGCGUUCAUCUGCAGAGGUCCCUUCCAGCCCCUGUGCUUCUGUGACAGGCGGAUGUGUGAAGGGAGAUAGCCAGCAGAUGGAGGUUUGGUGGCUUUGCAGAGUCAGAGCGCCCCAGCCCUGCAAUGCCACCGCAUGUUUGAGCGUCAUCAGCCAUGUCCCUCCCUUUGUCUCCAUUCACUGCAAUGGGAGCUGAGUCGAGUGCACCUGCAGGGCUGGCGCACCCACGGCCUGUCUGGGCAGCAGUGCCAGGGCCUCGACUGCCUCUGGGAUGAACUUCCCUGACAUCUAAUCCAAAUCUCCCCCCCUUUACGUUAAAACCGUUCCCCUUUGUCCCAUCACCAUCUCAACACACAAAAAGUUCAUUUCAAUCAUGUUUACCAUCUCCACUGAAACGAUGGAAGGCCACAAUGAGCAGCCACAGCGAGUGUUGGUGACGGGGCAGGCAGAGAGCAAUGCCUGUGACAGUGUCACAGAGAAUCCUUGUGAGCUCAGGGGAGAGGGGCUGACCUCAGCGGUCACGGAACCCCCCGCUGCCACUCUCGAGCUCCCAUGGCAGGUAAGGCAGCGGGCUGCUCUGCUCCUGGCACUGCGGCCCUCCGGGUGAUCCCAGUGCCCCAGAUCUCACCCCGGCGCCCAUUUGGGCAUUUCCCCACAGAGAGAAUCCCUUCAGGGACGCUGACAGUGCUUCCGACACCUGACGCCGCUUUCUUUGGAUCCUUUGUGCCACCACCGGCCACUGCUGCAAUGCAGCCCAGCAUCGGCAGAGCAGUGCCGGUGUCACCGCAACCCCUCCCUGUCCCCAGUGUCACCCACGUGGCGCCUCAGGCCUCCAUCUGGCCUGGGCUACCAGGUGUCCAGGGACAGGGAGCGCAGCUCCCACCUGGGGGGCUGCCUCCAGCCGUGGUUCAGCUGCCACCCAGGGGGCAGCACUUACCACUGCUGCAGCUGCUACCUUGGGAGCUGCACCCAGGUAUGGCUCCCCCCACGGCCCCUGCCCACUGCUGGGGACAUCCCCUACUGGCAGGAACACCGCAGCCCCAGCAGCCGAUGGGGCUGUGGCCUGGGGCCGUGUUCCAUGGGGAGCCCCCGCAGCCCGCAGGCAGCUGCCCUCUGCAGGCCUCCGGCAGCCCCAUCCUUCUGCCAGCACCUUCAGUGCAGCAGCAGGUGCUCCCCAUGCCCUGCACUCGGCCCGCCAGCUGGGAGCAGGCGGUGGGGCCCUUUGGAGAUGCCGUGGUGCUCAUGGAGGACCAGGGGCACCCAGCGCCCACCGACGUGUGCCCCCAUCCCACCACGGCUCCGCUCACCUGUAGCACCGCAGCGCUGGAAUCAGGUGGUGAGUUUGGGGGCUGCAGAGCGGGCGGCAGGCUGUCCGCACCGGCUGGCUGUGGGAAAGCUGGCAUUGCCCCACUGGGGAUUUUCUUGCUUUUCCAGCAGCAACAACGAGCACAGACAUCUCACAGGACACCAUGGACAUCGAUGAGCUCCUGACAUGGAUGAACAGCGAAGUGACAUCCAGCACAGAGAUCCUGGAUGACAUCCCGGACAUGGAUGACCUCCUGGCGUGGGUCAACAACGAAGUGACGAGUCCUCUGGAGGUCCCCCAGCUGAACCAGGACCUGGUUGAUGUCCAAGCAGAGGGGACCAAUUGCACUGAGACUGUGGAAAAUGGUCACAGUGAGCUGCUGCCAGAUCUGAACGCCCAGGAAAGGGCAGAGCUGCUGCGGUGGAUCGAUGCCACACAGCCACCGAGCCCAGCUGUCCCCAGCAGCCUCGACAGCGCUCCUUUCAUCGCAGCGCUCCCUGACUUUCCCUGGGCUGGCACGGAGCUCAGCGGAGAGGCAGAGGCUGAUGCCAGGCCCAUCAGCGACCUGUUCUGGAGGCAGCCAGCAUGCUGUGGGCAGCUCUCCGAGUCGCUGCCCUUUGGGCAUCUGAUGGAAGAGGCGCGGCAGAGGCAGCCCCGGGUGGUUCUCACCCGCCUGGCACUGCCACCCAGCUGCAUCUCCUGCCACGUGCCAGACGACCCCCACGGGGAUGGCACCGAGCCGGCCGAGUGCCCAGCGCCCGCCUGCACCACCGGGAAAGGCAAGAGCAGAGGGCACGAGCAGCACACUGGCAGCAUCCCAACCAGAAAGAGGAAGCUGCCCCUGGGCCAGGACGCUCCAGGACAGAAACGCCGGCUCCAGGUGAAGCUGGGUGGGCUCAGCACGAGUGGGAGCGUCCACAGAAACCAGCCCAUGUGGUGCAGCAGGAGGCACAGCCAUAGCCAAUAAACAAGGCUACCUGUAGCCCUGGGCUCCUCGCUGGCCCCAGUGGCACACAGAGAGCAGCAGCAGUGCUCCAGGGGCACCAGCACUGGCCCCAGCCCUAUCCCUCCAAACCUGGGCUGUCCACAAACGUCAUCUUGGACUAGGACAAUGUGGGACUGUGUUAAAUUACGUUAAAUCCUGUUAGAUUCUGUUCAAUUAUGAUCAAUUAUGUUAUUUUACAUUACGUUAUAUUAUUAAAUGUUUUGCAUUCACU